CCGCAUCUAUCGCUUCUUCCGGGUUAUGGCCCGCCUCUCUGCUGCUGACCAAUCCUCUGUAGCUUCCUUUGCGCGUUUACCCAAUCAGAGCGACAGAGGGCGGAGUUCCGGUCGUCGGCUGUAACCCCGAGCAGAUCUCGCGUUUCCCUCAGCUCCGAGUGGGAGCUUGCUGCUGAGGUACAUUUUGCAGAGUUUUGUUACCCUUGGACGCUCCUGUUGACAUGGAGAAGGUCGAGGAGCAGUUCGCCAAUCUCCACAUUGUUAGUCGUUCCUCAGAAACUCAGGAGCCCACCUACCUGCUUGGCGUGGACACAUCGAAGACCGUCCAUGCACAAGAGGGCAGCUUGGUUGCUGUUUUGUGUUCCAGUGGAUCAAUCAGAAUAUAUGACAAAGAAAGGUUAAACGUACUACGAGAAUUUAGUGGAUAUCCCGGACUUCUUAAUGGAGUCAAAUUUGCAAAUUCCCGUAAUAGUGUGUAUUCAUCGUGUACUGACGGCACCGUAAAAUGUUGGGAUGCUCGCUCAGCCAGUGAGAAACCUGUUCAACUGUUCAAGGGUUACCCUUCCAACGUUUUCAUCAGUUUUGACAUCAGCUGUGAUGAUCAUGUCAUUUGUGCUGGCACAGAGAAAGUCGAUGAUGAUGCCUUGUUGGUCUUUUGGGAUGCAAGGAUUAGCUCUCAAGAUUUGUCUACCACUACAGACCCACUGGGUGCAUAUUCAGAGACACACAGUGAUGAUAUCACUCAGGUCUCCUUCCAUCCCAGCAACCCCCACCUAGUAGUCUCAGGUUCAACUGAUGGCCUGGUAAAUGUAUUUGAUAUCAGCGUUGAUAAUGAAGAGGAUGCCCUGGUUGCAACCUGUAACUCAGUUUCAUCAGUCAGCUCUAUUGGUUGGUCUGGGAGAGAUUACAAACAGAUUUACUGCAUGACACACGAUGAAGGGUUUUGCUGGUGGGACCUCAAUCAUUUGGAGACUGAUGAACCCAUUACACGUUUGAGCAUCCAGGAUGUCAGAGAAGUCGUUAACAUCAAAGAAGGUAGCUUGGACUAUUUGAUUGGUGGCCUCUAUCAUGAAAAGAUGGACAGAUUGUUUGUUAUCGGAGGAACGAACACAGGCAGCAUUCACUUGAUGAGCUGCACCACGUCAGGACUGACGCACGUGACCACUCUCCAGGGAGGGCAUGCGGCCACAGUCCGGUCUUUUUGCUGGAAUGUGCAUGAUGACUCCUUGCUGACUGGGGGAGAAGAUGCACAGUUGUUACUCUGGAAACCUGCCGCUGUAGAGAAGACCCUUGCGAAGAAAGACAGCCUGAAAAUCGCGUCUUCUGUGCACCAGCGAGUGCGCGUUCACAGUAACGAUUCUUACAAGAGAAGGAAAAAGCCGUGACACCGAGAGUUCACGUGGUGGGUCUCGUAGUGUCAGUAAUUCUUCUGGCUUACUUCCUCUAGAAGACGUGUUAAGGCUUGUCUGUAAAAAUAAGCCAGUUACCAAACAGUCCUGGACAAAUGUUAAGAAUGGUUUAAUUCAGGUGUUCACCUAUUCUAAAAAAAUUUUAAAGCCACCAGUUGAGUAAAAUAAUCAGGUUAAAAUAAAAUGACAUUCCUCAUUUUUAAAACCAUCAAUUGAGUUAGUAAAUGUUAAAGGACAUUAACUCUGAUGAGGAUAUUUUAGAAGUAGGUAGCUAGUGAAAAUAAAUAGUUUGGGCAUUUUUUUAAGCUCAUUUUUUUACAUUUUAAAUUACCGUCAUUGCUUAUAGAACCAAAUGUUAAUUUGAGCAACUUCUAAUUGCUUAAUACAUGUGAUAUAUGAUGUUGGAGUAUUUAAAUGUAAAUAUUCUAAUGAAUUUAAAUAGCAUUAAUUUUUUAAAUAAAAUGGUAGACAUCUAAAAUGAGAAAAAUAUAGUUAAUAAGUGUUUUCAUCUUUACUCUGAUCAGUAAGUGUUUUGCUGAUAAAAAGGAAAUUAUCUUAUAAAAUUCAUUUUGAGACCAAAAAU